AUGAGACCUGAUUUGUGCAAUGAAAAUAAUGAUGAGUUGUCGGAAGGUCAAGGUGAUGCUGACGAAGAGCUUGAAGACUACGGCACUGUUGAACAAGGUUACGAAGCGUUAUUAGACGGAUGUGAAAGUGUUGACGAUAAUGGACAUACUGAUUUAUCAGAUUACAAUCGAAAUGGCGAUAUUGAUGAUAAUGAUGAAGAGGAAGUUGAUCAAAAAGAGGAAAUAGUAAAAGAAGAAAUUGAUGAUGGGCUUCCAAAAGCAUUCUGUUGCAAAAUAUGUUCAGCAUCAUAUUCCAAAUUUGAACUUUACUGCGAUCAUUUUAUUUCCGUCUCACACCGAUAUAAGCGCCGUGAUGCUAAAAAGCAACAGCAAGAUGGACUGAUUGAAACUGAACCGGUCGAAACAUUCGUUAAUAUAUGUAUAUUUAAUAAACUUCCAUUAGAGAGUGUUCAGUUUAUAGUUGAUGAAGUAGAUUCACUUUCAAAUAGCUAUAGUGGGUCUCUUUUAUACAAUGAUUUAAAAUUUUCGACAAAAGAAAAUGUUUCGUCGUUAAACAGUUUAUAUCAAGAACUUUGUCGAUUAUUUAAUGAAAGUCGAGAAAUAAAAUUACGUUUACCACCACAGAGUUUUUAUGUUGCUCGAGAUGUUUCACGAAAAGAUGAUUCAAUAUGGACCGUUUCACGUUAUUGUGAUGAUACUGGAAAAUCUGACGAACAAGUCGUUAAAGAAGUUCUUGAUUAUUGUGUUUUUUCACAAGUUGAAACAGAACGAGAACGAAUGUUGGCACAUAGUAUCAAAACAUGGCGAAUGUUUCAUCGCAAUGAAAAACGACCGGGGUUUUGGUGCGAUAUAUGUAAACAAUGUUUUCGGAAACGGAAAGGAAUUUUGAGUCAUUUUGAAACGAGUGAUAAACAUGAAACGAAUAGUAAAUUUCUGCCACGUUUUCGUCGAGCUAUCCAACAUAGUUUAGUGACUGGUCGUUUAUUGAAUGAAAUUUUGGAUGCAAAAACAUUAGAAUAUCAUCAGCAACUAAUUCAAAGUUAUCGAUUACCACCAAAUCACUGUCAGUUAAAAAAUGCGUAUUAUUGCACAUUUUGUAAUCGGUCGUUUCCAGAUUUGUGUUCAUUGGAAAAACAUAUUAUUUGGAAAGGACAUCGACAAUGUUUGAGAGCAAGACGAUAUCGGGAUGUUGAUAAUUUACUUCGUUUAGCGAGUUAUUUAAAUUUUACACAAUUGUCAAAAGAGCAGAAACGUGUUGGUAUGAAAAAGAUGAUCAAAGCGCCAGAUGAUUACAGAAAAGCAUACAAUCUUGAACCGAUAACCGUUGAUAUAAUUCGCGAAGAUGUGAUAAAAUUUGAUAUGAAUCUGGCUCAGACACUUCGUCAGCAGAAUAACAACAAAAAUCAACAACACCCUCAACAUCAAAACGGUUAUACGAAUCAAUAUCAGGGAAACAGGCAAACAAAUUAUCGUGGUCGUGGUCGACAACAACAGCAACAGCAGCAACAACGUAGAGGUGUUUGGAAUAAUUAUCAUCAAAAUCGAAAUUUUUCAUCAACUAACAACACUAUGAGUCACAAUGGAUUUAAACGUCAAAAUGACAAUAAUAAUGGCCAAUCGUGGAAAAAACCACGUUAUGAUAAUAAUACGUUUUCUUCAUUCAAUCAUGGUUCCUUUCCACAACAACAACCACCACAGCAACAACGAAAUUGUUUUCCUCAAACGCAGACACCGUUAUCAGCUCGUGUUGAUUAUCGCUAUAUAGCGAAUAAAAAUAUUCAGCAAGAAUACCAUUCAACUGGAAACAUUUCGCAGCAACUAAAACCAUCUUUCUAA